GGGCGUGUUCCCAGCCGGGGCGAGCGGGCGAGCAGCGCCGGGCGCUGAGCGCUAGGAGCGUCGGGCGCCUUGGAAACGGACGGAAGCCGGGAGGGAGCGGCGGCGGCGGGAGGAUGCUGAGCCCCGAGCGGCUCUCGCUGCCGGGGCCCGAGUACCUGGCUCAAAGGCAUGUCCUCACGUACAUGGAGGAUGCAGUGAGCCAGUUGCUGGAGAACAGAGAAGAUAUUAGUCAGUAUGGCAUUGCCAGGUUCUUCACUGAAUAUUUUAACAGCGUGCGUCAAGGAACACACAUCUUGUUCCGUGAGUUCAGCUUUGUUCAAGCUACCCCUCAUAACAGGGCAUCUUUUCUUCGGACCUUCUGGAGGUGUUUCCGAACAGUGGGGAAAAAUGGAGAUCUGCUGACAGCACAGGAAUACCACUGCCUGCUGCAGCUGCUCUGCCCUGACUUCCCGGUGGAACUCACUCAGAAAGCAGCAAGGAUUGUGUUGAUGGAUGAUGCUAUGGAUUGCCUGAUGUCUUUUUCCGAUUUCCUCUUUGCUUUCCAGAUCCAGUUCUACUACUCAGAGUUCCUGGAAAGUGUGGCUGCCAUUUAUCAAGAUCUACUGGCUGGUAAGAAUCCAAAUACUGUGAUUGUGCCAACAUCAUCCUCUGGGCAACAUCGGCAGCGCCAACCCCCAAAUGACUGCAGCCCACUCGAUGGGGUAGAGGCAUCUCUCUUCUACCAGUGCCUAGAGUCCUUGUGUGACAGAUCAAAAUACAGCUGUCCACCUUCUGCCCUUGUGAAGGAAAUGUUGAGUAGUGCACAGAGACUGACCUUCUAUGGAUUCCUUAUGGCACUUGCAAAGGAUCAGGGGAUCAACAGAGCCCUAGGGGCUUUGCCAGAUAAAGGAGACUUGUUUCUGGACCCUGCCAUGGAUCAGGAACUUGAGAAAUUGGUAGCUCAGGUUUCAGGGCUUUCCAUCUCCGGCUCCAGCGGGGAUGCAGCUAAUUUGCCUGUCCGUAACUCACCCAGGAUUCACUCUCCGUGGAAACCUCUACACCACCGGCGAAAAAUGGAUGCUGAGAGUGAAGGCUCCAAUGAAGAGACAGACUCCUCUGAAAACUGAAGGUUGUGAGGAUGGGCACCAUUCCCAUCUUAGGUUUCUCCAGAAUGUGCUGGAGGACCAGCACCUCCUCCCAGAGCAUCUGCUCUGACGGUGGGUUCUGUCUGCGUCACCAGUGUGUGUGUGUGUGGCUUUGCCAAUCCCCAUUGCCAGGGCCCCCCGUCUCUUCCCAGGAAGAACUCUGCCAUUUUCCUAGCUCCAAAUUCGUGCAGGAAUAGCUCCUCUACAUUUCCAGUUGCAGAGUUACGCUACCCUCUGCUGGCAGGCAGGACAAACCAGCAGACACUAGCUCUGCCUCCCCUUAGAAAAAGCCGGCCACUCUCACCAGGACUCUGCCUCACAGCUAGGCAGGUGCUGGAGCAGUGGGAGUACGAGUGCAGGCCUCUUGCCAGUCUUGUCUUGUGUAACUGUGUUCAGA